CAACAAUGCAUCGAAAUUCCCUUAUGACGUUAUAAUUAGUGGCGUCGCGAGCCUUAAAUGGACGGACGCUGGGCGUAAGAAGCGCCCUAUAAAAACUAGCGUGCUUGGCAUUAUCACUCACUUGAAGCGCAACCUGCUACUCAGCCAGUGACUGCCACCCUGUUUAUUUUUUCGUUGAGUAGUACCAAGUCAAAAACCAGACCAGCAAGAUGUGUGAUGAUGAUGUUGCGGCACUAAUGAUAGACAACGGCUCCGGCAUGUGCAAAGCCGGUUUCGCUGGUGAUGACGCCCCCCGUGCUGUGUUUCCCUCCAUUGUAGGUCGCCCAAGACACCAGGGUGUCAUGGUGGGUAUGGGUCAAAAAGAUUCGUACGUAGGAGACGAAGCCCAGAGCAAAAGAGGUAUCCUUACCUUGAAAUACCCUAUCGAGCACGGUAUUAUUACCAACUGGGACGAUAUGGAGAAAAUCUGGCAUCACACUUUCUACAAUGAAUUAAGAGUUGCGCCUGAAGAACAUCCAAUCUUGUUGACUGAAGCCCCUUUGAACCCCAAAUCUAAUCGCGAGAAGAUGACCCAAAUCAUGUUCGAAACCUUCAACGUGCCCGCGAUGUAUGUUGCCAUCCAAGCUGUGCUUUCGCUGUACGCUUCCGGUCGUACCACCGGUAUCGUAUUGGACUCAGGAGAUGGUGUAUCCCAUACCGUACCAAUUUAUGAAGGUUAUGCCUUGCCUCAUGCUAUCCUACGUCUGGACUUGGCCGGUCGCGAUUUGUCCGACUACCUCAUGAAGAUUCUCACUGAACGUGGUUACUCAUUCACCACCACAGCUGAAAGAGAAAUCGUUCGUGAUAUCAAGGAAAAGCUUUGCUAUGUCGCUUUGGACUUCGAGCAGGAAAUGGCUACCGCUGCCAAUUCUACCUCCGUGGAGAAGUCCUAUGAAUUGCCUGAUGGCCAAGUCAUCACCAUUGGUAACGAACGUUUCCGUUGCCCUGAAGCCCUUUUCCAACCUUCGUUCUUGGGCAUGGAAUCGUGCGGUAUCCACGAAACCGUCUACAACUCCAUCAUGAAGUGCGACGUUGACAUUCGUAAGGAUCUGUACGCAAAUACUGUACUCUCCGGCGGCACCACAAUGUACCCAGGUAUCGCUGAUCGUAUGCAGAAGGAAAUCACCGCCUUGGCUCCCUCGACAAUUAAAAUCAAAAUGAUCGCUCCACCAGAAAGAAAGUACUCCGUAUGGAUCGGCGGUUCGAUCUUGGCUUCCCUGUCCACCUUCCAACAGAUGUGGAUCUCCAAACAAGAAUACGAUGAGUCCGGCCCUGGAAUUGUCCAUCGCAAAUGUUUCUAAAUUAACCAUACGCUUUUUAUAUCGGGCUGUUAUUUUUAUAUCUUGCGACAGCGGUCACUGUGUACUACGCGCAGACAUUUAAGACUUUUUACAUUAUAAUCAUGUAUUAUGUUUAACUAUAUUAUACUCUUUUAUUAUAUUUACUUAAAUUGUAACUAUUUCGAAAAUUCUUAAUAAAGUUUUGUUAUUUGUUUA